CCACACUGCAGAAAAUACCUUUGCAGAUGCAGCACCCGAGAGCACACACCAACCGCCUCGUGUUCUUUUCUGCCGGGAAUCCCUGGGGUGAACGAAUGUUUUCUGGGCGUUUCCAGGAGCGUGCGUGCACCUCCAGAUGGGGAGCGGGGCGGGGGUAGCAGCAGCAGCUCUAGCCUUGGGGAGACGAGCCUCUCUCAGCCACCCCACGGGACAAGAGAGUUAAGGACACUUACCCCCACCCACGCACACACAGAAGGCAGCGUCAAGUGGGAGAGAGAAGGCCCUUUCUCCUUCUGUAGCCUGGGUCUCCAAUGGGCCUUCCCCGGUGCUGAGCAAGACACCAGUUGCCGGGUGGAGGGCCACAGCGGGCGCCCCGACCCUGUCGUGACCCACCUGGGCACCUUCCCAGACCAGCUCCGCCCCCCCUGCCCUCCUGUCUCCAGGAAGGAGGCAGAACAUGCACCCCUCUCCCACCCUCCCCAGGGGUAACCCCAGGCCAAGCACAGAUAGCUCAGCUGUGACCUCUGGCCUCUGGGGACAUAUACGGGGCGGCUGGGCCAGGGCGGAAGGUGCUCCUCUUUCCCUCCUUCUGCGUGCUAACUUUGACCGGCGGGCCACCGUGUCCGAGGCGCAAUGCUAGGCCUCCAGGCCACGCAUCCAUCUCCAAGUUAACAGCCCCUGUCCUGCCCAAGCUCUGGGGCAGGUAGGAGACGGCCAUCACACACCUGCCCGUGCGUGAGUGACCCGGGAGGGGGCUUCCGGGCACAGGUGGAGCCACCACGCCUUUCCUCAAGGGGUCACUUAUUAAAAAGUCCACGGCCUGAGGCCCGGCCCUCUGCACAGAAGCCAUAUGCCGGCCAGCCGCGCCUCCUCCUCUGUCCACGGAACCAUUGCCAAUCUAAUCUUUCUAAAGACCUGUCUCCUGUUUCCAGCCGCCGCCUGUGGUUCUAGCAGGUUCUAUGCCAUCUGCAUUGGGUUGUCUGGUUGUUUUUAUUUCUGACUUUUUUAAAAUUCCAGGUGUGCCGCACCCACUUUCUCGCAGUGUUUUAAUAUUGUGUGGAGUUGUUGAUACAACGUGAAUUCAUACACAAUAAAAAGCGUCACUCUCCCUUUU